GGAACGUUGACUGGGGGGUUAGUAAGGGACGUUGGACUCUCUGCGCGUGUUUCUGUUAUGCAAACUUUACGAGGCUGGAAUGCAACCGAGUAACAUUAACCCCUCUCUCAAGAAUUACCCUUCUAGUCAUAGUCAUCAGGGUUACUUGGCACCGAUUCUGCUUUAGUAAUGUCAACAGUGAUUGGUUGCACGUCAUGCUGGCCUGAUUCCGGAGAACUUGAUACUCAGGACUUGCAUCCCGUUGUCUGUACUCAUGGACGAGGUAGGGCUUCAUAAGUCACGACUGAUGAAUCUUCGCAAAGUCUAGGACUUCAACACUCGAUAGGCAUCAUUUAUAGCAAUCAUGACAUCGGCUACCGCGAUCGCGAUCGGUAUCCUUUUAGUGGCUUUGGUAUACAAGUAUAUCAUUCAUCCGUACUAUUUAUCGCCAAUCUCCAGGGUCCCCAACGCACAUUUCACAUCACCGGUUUCGAAUAGGUGGAUAGAAACGCAACGCAAUGCAGGCAAAGAAGUCCUUACCAUCUACGACUUGCACCAAAAGCUCGGUCCUGUGAUCCGACUGGGGCCGGACGAACUGAGCGUGAACUCGCUUAGUGGCCUGAAGACAAUCUACACGGGCGCAUUCGAAAAGCAUUCCUUUUACAGUGACGUUUUUAUCAAUUUCCAAACGCCUAAUCUAGUUGGAAUGCUACACAACAAUCCGCAUGCUCGUCAGAAGCGUAUGCUCAGCAGGAUCUACUCCAAGUCCUAUCUACAGGAGUCGCGGGAUCUGCGCGAUAUCUCCAGCAUUGUUCUCUCCCAAAGACUGUUCCCAAUUCUACAGCGUGUAGCCAAGUCCGGAGAGGCGAUCAAUGUGUUACCUUUAUUCCAAGCUGUGGGGAUGGACUUCACGUCAUCUUACUUGUUCGGCACAAAGAAUAGCACCACAUACAUCUUCCAUCUUCCGGAGUGGCAACAAUGGCUGGAUGAGUAUGAGAAGUUCAAGUACAUGAGUGUACAGGAUCGGUAUAUGGGUUUCAUCGAAAGCUGGUGCCUUUCACUUUGUCGAAAGGUCGAGAAUAACGAUCAGCCGAAUGAUGUGCCUAUCACCACGAAUGCAGUGGUGUAUAACCAGCUUCGUCAAUCACUUGAGAAGGACCCCGACAACCGACCUCUCGAGUUAGCCAUUGCAUCUGAAGUACUCGAUCAUCUUGUGGCAGGCCAUGAAACUAGCGGGAUCACUUUCACCUAUAUGAUGUGGGAGCUCUCUCAACACCCAGAGCUGCAAGCCGAGUUGCGCCGAGAGCUCCUCACGCUGACUCCAAAUCUGAGAACUCUAUCCGUCUCAGAUGAUGCAGAGGGCCUACCAUCUCUCCCUUCGCCGUCGGCAAUUGAUGGUCUUCCCCUACUAGAUGCAAUCCUCCGAGAAACUCUUCGGUUACAUUCCCCCGCACCAGCGCCAUUACCUCGCGUAACACCGGCCUCCUCAACUGGCGUAUCAAUUGAUGGCUACCACAAUAUUCCUGCCGGCGUACGUGUGAGCUCCUCUUCGUAUUCUCUGCACCGUAUCGAAGAAGUUUACCCUCAAUCGUCGGAUUGGCUCCCCGAACGUUGGCUUAAGCCUGCACCAGGCAAGAUUCACGAUAUGCGUCGAGUGUUCUGGCCGUUUGGAAGUGGUGGGCGCAUGUGUUUGGGUAGUAAUUUUGCUCUGCAGGAGAUCAAACUCGUAAUGGCGGCGGUCUAUACGAACUUUACGACUUCUAUUGUUGACGACGAAGGUAUUGAGCAGGACCAUGCAUUCAUUUCCCUACCCAAGGGUCGCAAGCUUAUGUUGAAGUUUACUCCUGUGCCGGAGACAUGAUCUGACGCAUGGGAGGACAAAAAUGAUUAUGGAAUCAAUUAUGAUUAAAGGAAUGAGUGAUAUCUUUCUACAAGAAUGAUAGCUAUCUUUCCUUGUUAACAUCUGGAUUUAUGAGGAUAUGAAGUAGCACAAUGACGAUCAUCAUCUAUUGUACACCCCGUAUAGGAGAUGCAGCAGGUAUGCGGGAUUAUCCCAAAAAAAAAAAAAAAAAA